UUGAAUAAUUAAAAAUUGUGACGAUAUCACAAUAAAUAAUUGCUCGUUCUUUAUUCACUCAUUGUUAUCUAACAAUUGCUACCUGGAAAUAAUAUAGAAGAAGCGGAAAGUUGACAAUAUUAAAUCCAUAAGAUUGUCUACUGAUUAUCUAAUUACAGUAAAACUCGUGGGCGUUUUAAAGAUUUAGGAAUCUUAAUUCAGCUAAUUUCGAAGGAGAAAACAAAGAAUAAGAGCACGAGAUAAUAAUAAAUAUAGAUUUGAUUUGGAAAAUUUCGAAACCAGACAUGGACGAAAAUCGAAAUGAUUUCUAUUCACGUAAAUUUAACAGCCAAGAUAACAGUGGACAAAUCUCAACACCUCUGCACAAAGCUGCCUCUGAAGGAAAGGAAUAUGCAAUCUACCAAAUGUUAAAUAGUGGCAUUAACAUAAAUGCUCGAGAUGCUAUGGGUAGGACUGCAUUAAUGAUUGCUAUUGAAAGAGGUUAUCAAAAUAUAACUAAGAUAUUACUGGAAGCGGGUACUGAUGCCGAUUUGCAAGAUAAUAAUCGUGAUAAUGCGUUGCUUUUAUCUAUAAAAAUCGGACAAUACGGAUUAGCAGAUAUUAUUCUCGAUUAUACACGAGAUAUUAAUUUAGCCGGUGAGGAUGGUAAAACGGCUCUACAUUUAUUAACCGAAAAGAAAGAAAUAAAAAUUGCAGAAAAAUUAAUUUCGAAGGGUGCAGACGUUGAUGCUGUCGAUUCAAAGAGAAGGACAUCUUUAAUGUUAGCAAGCAAAAACAACGACUUCGAAUUUGUGGUUUUAUUGGUAAAACAUAAUGCUGAUCCGUCUAAAAAGGAUUUACAAAAUUUAUCGGCUAAAGAAUUAACAGAUGAUAGACGAAUUCGUAAUUUAUUAGAAAAUGCUUCACACAUUUCGCUGCAGAAUUAUCAUACUGAAAAAUCAGACGAAAGUAGCGGGCUUUUUCAAGAAAAUUUAAUACGAAAUAAGUCUGCUUCAUUACUUUCUUUUCAAAAUAAACCUCCUAGAUUUCAAAAUACAUUCGCUUCUUCUCCAGAGAUACCGCUUAAAAAUAAAUCUCUUAUUGAAUUUCCUUUAGAUUCAAUAAGUGAACCUCAAGUCCCGAAUAAAAGAUAUACAUAUGGAAUUAACACGGACGAAACAGAUGAAAAUAUUAAAGUUGAAAGUUUUGAUCCAACCAUUCCUCAAGAGUCAGCACUUCCCAAAAGUACAAGCAACGUAUUUAAAGAACAAUAUUCAUUAUCUUUAUCAAAUGCAAAUUUAAAUAAUCAAUCAGAAAUAGAUUUAACGAUUUCUUCGACGUUGCCGAAAUACGAAUCUCCCGAUUACUUCUUCGAAUUCAACGUAAGGCGCCCACAGAAUGAAAAUUUUCAACAGAUCGAUAAAUCUUCGCGUGUUGAUCUCCAUCAAUCAUCGUUUUCAUCCGUAGAGAACGAAGACGACAGCAGUUUUAGAAGCAGUUUAACAAAGGAUUUACCUCCAAAACAAAAUUAUAAAUCUGUAAAAUUUGAUUGGGAUAAGUUAUACGAUGUCGAGGAUGAUUACGGCACAGUUAAAUUAUUAAAAGAUAGUAAAUUUGUAACAACGAUCGAAAGCAUUUCUGGUGGAUUAGAUUCGUUGAUUGACGAUCAUAACAUUAGCGAAAGCGAUUUGAUAGGGUUCCAGAUGUAUUUUACACCAGACGAAGAAUUAAAAGUAGACAGCAACAAGCUUUAUGAAUUUGUAGAAGCUCUUAAAAUAACCCAAUUUUCUCAGAAGCAAUUGAUGAUGAUUCGGGAAUGGCUAAAAGUAAAGAAACAAAAUUCAGUAAAAUAUACGAAUGAAUGCGAAAUGCACUUAAAACAUUUAAGAAAAUUAAUGGCGGAAAGAAAAUAUUUAAAAACUAAUAUAAAGAAGUUACAAUCAAUCUCUGAGCAUUUAAAAGACGAAUUGAAUCACUAUCCGACGAAACAACAAGUACAAGAAUAUAAAUCAUCGAUCGAUUCUAUACGAAUUAAACUUAAAGAUUUAAAUAAUGAUCAUAUGAACUCGAUAAAUAAACUUCAAACUGUAAAAGAAGCGAUCGAUAAAGAAUUUCGUAAAUAUUUCGAUUUAGAAAAUAAUUUCUCACACGAAGCAGACACAAUGAUAAGUGAGAAUAAUGCAUUAGAGAAAUUAGUCGAUACUUUUAUGGAAGAUGCUCAAAAUGCCCACAAACAUCUUCUGAGAAAAUUGGGUUCGUCAUUAAAAACAAUCGAUAAACUUAAUUUGUUAAUAGAAAAAGCAAAAUUUUUAUUAGAAGAGAAAUUCAAACACGUUAAUGAAUUAUAUUCUUUACUUUCCGAUCAACAUCAUUUAUCAAAGAGUAUCAAAUGUAGUUUGGAAGCCAUGAAGAAAUAUAAAGAACAACUCGAUGCCGUUCUAAAUGUCUUGCAAUCGAAAUCGAAAAGUUUCGCCGAUCUUAUUUCGGAAUUAGAAAAUGAUUUAAAAGAAAUUUACCGAAAUUUCGGCAACGUUAAAGGAAACUUAGAAAUAAAAAUCAAAUUGGAAAACGAAAACGGUGCAAAUUUUUCAGAGCUGAAGAGACUCUUGAAGUUAUUAGACGUUGACAAACAAGAUGUUGUUAAAGUUGGAAAACAAUUGGGUAAAUUAAAAAAGUUAACAGAAGCAGAGAUAGAAAAAGAUAAAAAUGAAACACUGAAAGAAAUAAACGAUCAAAGUUACCAAGAAGAAGAGAAUAGAUCCGUUUGGGAGAAGAAAAUCAAGAGCGUAUUCGAAUUCAUCGCUGAAUUACGUGCAAUGGUUGCAGAAAAUAAAGAAGAAGAAACUGAUAUUUCACAAUUAAAAUAUUCAUUUGAUGAAAAAUGCAACUUUACCGAAGAAGAAAGAGUGCAAGAAACAUUGAAAUUAUCUAAAGCAUUUGUCUGCAGCGAUGAAACAACGGGAAAAGUUUGCACUAUUAGUGGAUUCAACGAAAUGGAAGAAAUUACUUAUUUGCAACAAAAGGAUGACGAUAUAUUUCGGGAAACCAAUUUGGCAACCAAACAAAUUUUUAAAUCUUCUUAUUCAAUUGCAUCUCAAGACGUAGAAAAUAUUCCAGAGAAUGUAGAGCAGCGGCUUAAAGGCAUUUUUUAUCGUCAAGGUGGAAAAAAAUCGAUAAAGAAAUAAAAAUUCUGUUUAAAUAUUGUUAAUAAAGUUUCAAAAUUAUUCUAUGUCUAUGAUAUAUAAAUAUUAAAAAUCAUUAAUUACUUUUGUGUUUAUUACUUGCGCUUACUAAAAUAUACGCUCUCCACCUCAAAUUAGUAGUAGUGGCUUGCCCCUGUACAUCAUACUUUUCCUUUAACAAUAGAGUCAUGCUGGUCAUCUAUCUAACA